AUGUCUCCCCUCUCUGUGAGAAACGCUAAACAAGUGAUACAAGCCGGGAGCGUCGCCCUGGCUGUCACUGCUCAGGUGAUCUCAGACAUCCUCCGUUACCUGGCGAAGGACGGCAGUGUGCCCAACGCUCUGUUUAAGACCUCAUACAGGAAUGUGAGUGAGACGUUUCCCCUGGAGGUGACGAUGGACUGGUGGUCCAACAGUUACUGGGAUAUCGUGGACUUGUGGUCUAAGGCGUGGCUCUUGUAUGCAGUGGUCAACCUUUCUCAAAGACAUGACAAUGCUCCGGAAAUCCACCCCCCAACAUUUUAUCUGAUGUGGACCAUGAUAAACAUUGCAAGGAUGUGCAGGUUGCCUCUAUGGGAGCGACACGAUAUAUUUGGAGCCGUCAUACUUGAGUGGAUUCUCCCAGUCCUCAGCUUCUCCAUGCUCUACACAUCCUACUAUAACCUCAACAAGCACACGGCCUGGUUAUCCGUUAACAGCCCUCGUGUGGUCUUGUGGACACGUUACCUGACCCAGAAUGGUUUGGCCGUGUUUGGCUGGUGGUCUCUCCUGAACGCUGUGGUGGGUUUUGGCAUCGUGCUCAAGUACAAAGCCAGUGUGCCGGACCCACUGAUGAGCACCAUUGUCCUCACCAUAAUCUCCACGUUCGCUAUAAUAUGGUUCAUCCUACAGAGCUGCCUGCUAGCCAAGUACAUGCGCUACACAUUCAGCGUUUACGCCAUUCUCGUUCUGGGCCUUGGUGCAAUGUUCACCAGAAGCUAUCGCUACCACGAUCUCAGCGAAAACACAGUCUACUGCGGUUUCCUGAUGCUCCUGAUGACCGCCAUGAGCUUGAUCCAUGUCAUCUCUACAUGUUUGCACACGGCUGAAUCGAGCAAACCGGUUGCCACAGAGCUCUUGGUGACAUCUGAGGGCAGUGGGAAAGUGUGGCACACUGACCUCAGAAGCGACUACGUCAAGAACGACUUCUGCAAAAUCUGAGAAAACAAUCAAAUCAACUUACAUCGUGCAAGUGUGCACUUUACAGUAAUCACCAACAGGGGGCAGCCUAUACUCGCUCCACAUGGAGAAUAUGAUGGAUCUAACAUCGUUCAUGCUGCACCAGAAGAUGGCAUAGUGGUUCAGGCUUGUGGAGAGAUAUUGAUUGAGCAUAUGAUUCAAAACUAAAUUUCAUCAGUUAACCCUUGUGUUGCCUUCGGGUCAAUUUGACCCGAUUCAAUGUUUCACCCUCCUGUCGCCUUCGGGUCAAUAUGACCCGAUUCAAUGUAACCCUCCUGUUACCUUUAUAUUUACUAACAUAUUUUACCCUUGAGGUCAAUAUGACCCCAGCUAUUAAAAUCUCCAGAAAAUUAUUAGAAUUAAUAUUGUUUUCCAAGUUUAAGUGUGAGGUACUUUAUGUUUGUUUGUUGACUCCCGAAAGAACACCGACAUUAAACAUUGAAUCGGGUCAAAUUGACCCGAAGGCGACAGGAGGGUUAAAUAUUGAAUCGGGUCAAAAAAAUCAAAAGGAUAAAAAAAAAAUCAAAAGGAUUUGGGGGGUCCAGAGGGGUUCACAGUACUUUUUUUGUUUUUUUAGGUCAAAUCUAACAUUGUUGUUCAAAUAAAUAAAUAAAAUAAUGAACAUUGAGCUCUAAGUAUGAAUUGAAACAAGGUUAAAAAAACAAACAAUAAACAUAAUUGCUUGAGUUUUUCAUUAACCCCCGACGAGUUCAUCAAACCCCUGUCUGCCCUCUCCCACUCCCUGCCCGCAUCUCUCGCCUGUGUUUGUGACAUGAUACAGCAGAGAUAAUCACACCAAGUGUACAAGUGCCCUCUAGCUGGAUGCGGCUUUAAAGAACAGAAUAUCAAACAUGUCCAAUGGCUGUGAGCCUUUGAUGAGGAUGCUGAGCUGAAUGGAAACCAACCUCAGAUGAAAGCAGCGGAGGGGGAAAAAAAUACAACAUACAAUUAAUGUUUCUCUGGAUGUACAUGGUGACAGCACAGCGC